AUGAAUCAUUGCCGUGUCCUCCCUCUCCUACUUUUGUUAUCAUGUCUUGCUGCAGACCCUGCUGUUGGCGCAACUUUCGCGCGAAAGCGAGACGUUUCGGCGACCUCAGGCAUACAAGAUGCGCAGACCACGACGCAGACAACUGCUUCAAUUCCAUUGUCAACAGCGUGCUCAUCUUAUGCCGACUCGCAUAACUCCUCUUCGUCGACGUCAAUGAUAGAUAUCCACACAGAUAUAUCCAAUCCCCAACCUACUUUGGAGCUUUCCCCCUCAAACUCAAAUACAAACACAAACAACGGCAUUAAGAGCCAGUGGUUACAUGUCUUUUUAUCUGCUGCUUUCCUUACAAGUUUGUCGGUCAUCGUCUUGAUUGAGUAUGUGAUGAUUCCCCCGGUCUCAAAUGCGGUACAAGGGGCAUACUUUGUGGCUGCAUUCUUCACCGGUGUUAUACUCGGAGCGUUGUCACUGAUGUUCAAAGAGUUGACCGAAGGCCUUGGCUGCCUCUUGGGGGGAUUCUGCUUAAGCAUGUGGCUUCUUUCGGUGAAAAAAGGAGGUCUUCUAGCCACUUCAAAUACGAGGGGGGCUUUUAUCGGGGCUUUCUGUAUUGCCUUUUAUGCUCUCUCGUUCAGUUCUUAUACAAGGCCAUAUGCGUUGAUAGCAUCAACCGCUUUCGCUGGAAGUACAGCUGCCGUCUUAGGGAUCGAUUGCUUCAGCCGAGCAGGAUGGAAAGAGUUUUGGCUGUACAUUUGGGGUCUAAAUGACAAUCUUUUCCCAUCUAGUACAUCAACUUACCCCGUCACUCGGGGCAUCCGUGUCGAGCUUGCUGUCACCGUCGUCGUCUAUUUGCUUGGGUUGUUAUCUCAAUUCAGGCUUUGGAAAUUAAUCAGGGAACGACGGAAGAAGCAAGAAGAAAUAUCAGCAGAAGAAAGAAGGAGGAAGGAUGAGGCCGAAUUGGAAUUGGGUCGAGCACUCGAGGAGAAGAAAGAAAAUGAUCUGGCCCGUUGGGAAGCGAUGUAUGGCGAUAUGCCCAAGAGCGAUUCUACAGCGGUCCAGACUCCAGUCUCAGAAACACAUAAGGCGCAUUCAAUCACAGAGGAAUUGAUUGAAGUCCCUGAUAAUUCGGUGGAGAUGACUGAUCUCCCUACGUCGACGAACGACACACUCAUAGACAAAGACACAGUUGAAAGUGGACGCCAGCAUAUAGUUGAUGGUCACGAGAUCGAAAAGGAUGAAAUCGCCGACCAGAAAGCAACGGAUUGCACUGCAGACCCUGAUGCAGAUGAGCAGCUUGCUACCGCUCAUAAUGAUUUCGAGCAGAGAGUCGACCAAGAUUCGGGAUUGUCAUCAGAAACUCCACCACCUCCCCGUGUCACGCCACUUCCUUUCAAAGUCCCCAAUGAAAGCAAUCCAAGAAAUGAUGAUGAUGAUCACUCUAUUCAGGCUAUCGUCGAUGAUGCAGAUACGGCUUCUGUCCGCAUGUCCAGAAGGUUAUCGGCAGCAUCAUUAUUCCGUCUACUAUCACAUCGGAAUAAUACAAAUAGGAGAAGCCGGCUUAUGCAAACAGACUCAAAUGAAAUGCUUGUCCCGGCUUCUCCAGUGAUCUCCACAGCAUCUAGCCAGGGAAUAGCGGACAGUGAAGCUGGCUCGUUUAUGGAGGAAAGCCAGAGCAUUGAGAUAGAAAUCCAUCUGCAUGACAAUACUGAACCGAUCCCGAACGAAGAUCAAGAGGAAUCUUUAGCAAAAAACACUGACCGAAAAAAUCCACAGCUGACAGUCCUUGGUGAUGAGACUAAGGCUGCUAGCCAUGACACAAGCCAAUCUGAGAUUAAGACGAAAAUUUCACCAUCGAUAGAAGAAAAAGCACCAACUGAGGCUGAGAAAGUGGACGGAGGCUUAGUGGUAGUACCUGAAAGACGUCGCCAUACCAUCGAUGGCGUCACAUCUGUUUUACCUAUUAAAGCUCUAUCUUUGGCCCCAGUUACAGGUACCCCUUCGAAGACUACAGAAACGACUUUAGAAAAUGGUGCGAAUGCUGGGAAACCUACGACUCUAUCGAGUUCGAAGUCGAAGUCUAGCGCUCGUAAUAUGGAAAGCCUCACAUCCGAAGUUGUCAGAAAACUUCCUAGUCAUGUGUCUCCGGUAGUAAUGUCAUACCGUACAAAUGAAUGGGCAAAACAUCUUUCUCAUGCGGAUGCUCCUGAACCCGAGCCUCUCGCAGAACCCGUCGCAGACACUGAGCAAUCACUUUCACCAGAAGAUAUGGAAAUAGCUGCCCCGUUGAAUAUAGAGGAGUUAAAGCAGACCGCUCUGACGGCUACACCACCUCCUGCAAAUGAAAAACCGACGUCACAUUCCGAAAAUAUUUCACGAGCCACUGAUCAACGGUCGGCAUCAAGCAUUUCUAGACAGUCGGCCGGUGAUGUCAAAACGAAACAAUUAGUCGUCGACCAGUCUCUCACAGCACCUCCACUUAGUCCCACCCCAGAAAUAGUUGCUCCAAGUUCGCCCGCUCUGCUUCGUUCUCGGAAUCGUUCACCACCGCCCACUAGGGCCACACUUGGGGGCUUGCGCAGCGUCUCAAGUCCAUUUUUAAGUACAACAGUUUCGACAUCACCCAUACAAAAGACUGAAACUAGGCAUUCCGUGGGGCAAGUCAUUGAAGAAGAAUCGUUCUCUUUGAUGGCGCAGCGGGAAAAGAUGUUGCAGGCUCGGUUUUCGUCAAUAUCGCUGACACGGGACUCCUGGGUCCCACGGAGCACAUCGAGGCAGUCUAAUAUAGAAGAGAGCCACGAGUCACGUCCAGGAAGUCAGCUAAGCUUGGUUGAAGACGACGAUAUGCCGUUAACCCAGAGACGGGCUCUACUACAACAGAAAGCAAUGUCUCCAGUGGGCAUGGAUUCGGAAGCACACAGGUCACCCGUCAACCGCCGAAACUCAGCUGCUGCUCGACUUUCGCGAGAACCCAGCAAACCAAAAAUAACCACCAUGGCUGCCUGGCGUGAAUCAAUUCAGGAAGACAUGACCAAACACAAACCUAUGCUCGAAGUGGAUAUUGCUCAGAAUGAAUUAAUGGAGCAACAGCGAAGAGCGCAGGCUGCAAGGAGCCAACGUAUCAUGGCAUCUGAAAAUCUACAUAAUUCAAUUGCAGAACGAAUGCGACACGGAAACAUGCAGGAUCUUCAUCGUGAAGCGAUGCGACGAAUGCAAGCUACUGCCAAUCGAAGAACAAUGAAUAGUCCGUGA